GACUGCAGAAGCAUUACAACCUGAGGAGAGAAAACUAAAAAUGCCUUGGCUGUUUCUGUGGCACACCACUUCAUCUGAAAUAAAGAAAUGUGAGAUUGCAGACAGCAAAGAUCACAGAAAGAAGACGAAGGCUUUGGGUGUGGAUGUGAAAAAAUAUUUGAUGGGUCUUGUGCCACCCAUUGAAUCAGCUGACAUGAAGUAUUCCAGCUCAAGAGACGUAAUGCUUUCUGCAGAAGAUAUUAUCCAGUGGUCCCAGUCUCUAGAAAAGCUCCUGGCAACACAGUGUGGUCAAGAGACAUUCAGAGAAUUUUUGAAAUCAGAAUUCAGUGAUGAAAACAUUGAAUUUUGGCUGGCAUGUGAAGACUACAAGAAAACACAGGCUGAUUGUUUACAUGGCAAAGCAGAAAAGAUUUACCAAGAGUUUGUCCAGUCAGAUGCUAGAAAACAAGUCAACAUUGACUUUCACAUAAGAAAAUCUGUAGCUAAGAAGGUUCAAGAUCCCACCCAUUCAAGUUUUGAUGAGGCUCAGAGACUUGUGUAUGUAUUAAUGGAGAGAGACUCUUAUCCGAGAUUCCUUAAAUCUCAACUCUACCAUAACCUUCUAAACAAGGUUCAAAGCAACUAUCUCAAGUGAGAACUGAGGAUCAGCUCUGGAACUUCAAGUGUGGCUGUGUUGUGCUUCAAUACACUAUCUGGGACUGUUGGAACUGGGAUGGAAAGAAAAUGAUGGAACUAUCAAAGCAAGAGAUAGUCUGCAAUCUAGCAAGAUGAGGUGUCUGGAACAUAUUUUUAUAAGGAGAAAGAAGACAGAAUAAAAGGAAAUACUGUCUGACUAUACUGACUUGGAACUGGUCAGCUAAGACUAUUACUAAUAUUCUUGCAGAUCACACUUAUCAAAAGUUGUGAGGAAAAGUUCUGAGCUUGAUUGCGCAGCUAUCAAGACUAAUUUUAGGCACUUCACAUUACGUGCAUUAUUUCCUUCUUCAGCAUUUGAUUUUGCAGAGCUGAAUGUAUGAACAGAUUCCCUUGAAAGGCAUUGCUUGUGAGGUAUAAUGAGUAUAGUGAGUGCAAAGUCGUGCUUUCAUUUUCUGCUUCAUGGCUCAGGGAAAUUGAUGCAAAUCAUACUUGCAUAAACUCAAGAGAUAAACAUGUAUAUAUGAACAAUUCCCAAUUUGAUCUAGGCUCCACAAGUAAGUUUUGAAUUUAGCACAAAUCAUUAUCAGAUGUUGCAUUAUUUACGCAUGAGGAAUGUUAGAAAGUAGAAUAUCCUACAAUAAGACAAUUCUGUUGAUGGCAUAUAAUCAAUCAAACAUCUCUGUCAAAGAAUUUGGAAACCAACCUGGUAUUCACAAAUUAUAGAACAACCUUGACUGUUGCAUUUGGCAAUCAACCAAAUAUUUUUCCUCCCAGGACAGCAAAACCAGGGAGUUUUUCAAGCAUACAACAGGUUGUAAUACAUAUCUAGUAGGUUGGGGGCAAUUUGUUGGGCUGCAAGUUGUACAAUGCUGUGUUAAAUCUACCCAGACUGACAAUAAGUGCCCAUCUCUAGAGACACAAAAACCUACGGCCAAAAAGUAAGUGACCCCUUAUGUACUACUUCAAAAGAAAAAAGGGGAAGUGCAUUAUCCCAAAAGAGGCCAAGAGAGGGUACUGAUUUGCAUAUAUUUAUUUCUAUUUCUAUUUCUAUAUCUAUAUGUAUAUGUUCUAAUUUAAUGAAAUACUUCUCUGCUAGUCACAUGUAUGCUUGCACAAUUUGCUGUGUGGAUUGUUGAUGCUGAUGAGCUGUUUCAAGGCUCCUGCUCUUCCUUCUAAGGGUUCUUUCUCUUUCAAGUAGAUUUGGACUGAAUAGUCCUUCAAGUAAAGGAUACCUUCAAAGACAGAUCUGGCCUCUGUAAAGUCAGACACAUGGCCUCAUUCCCAAAAACUCCUCCAUCUCAGUCCCUGCAAAGCUGAACUAUGAUUUAUUGAUUUGUUUUUCUAUUGGCUGGACUCUGAAUUCAAACAAUACCAGACUGAUAUAUUUCCAACUAGUCUUACUGGUUUUUGGAACUGAUUAAGGGGCAAGCAGUGGAAGUAUGGCCCAUCAGAAUCUUCCCACUCAUUUGGUUCAAAUCCACAUAAUCUCGUUAAAAUUGUGGGGAACGGAGGAAGAUCCCUCAUAUAUAUCCAAGAAUGGACCUGUCCAGAUGGUACUCUGCUUGCAAGAGAGAUAACCCUGCAAAUAAGCUGAACUGAUAUUUCAAACUGACAGCAGCUUUGAUCCUAUAACUAGUGAAUUUAAGGCAGUUUAUGGGAUGAAAGUAAAUACCCUCUAGAUACACAGAUACAUACACAUACAUCCACACCCACCAAGUGUCAUAUGGCGGUAAACAAUGUGAGCUUGUGGUUGAAGGAUUUUGGAGUAAAGUUCACAUGAUUUGGGGAUAAUUCCCUUCUUCCCCAUCUGUCUAUACUCACCUUUCUGCAUUGUUCUGAAGAGCCUUCUUAUCUUUCAGAAGUGAUUUUCAGGAAGCAAAAAUUGCUGCAAAGAGGAGAAAGAAGCAAAAUUCCUUUAUGUGUUUGUUGCUGGUACUAACUUCCUUAACUUAAUUUAGCUCAGAUCCAAGCCAUUAUGUUUAGGUAUGUUAAGCCUAGCUCCUAAAAUGACUGUUACUAGCCCCAGUAUAUCCCAUUAAAAUAUAUAUGUUUGGAUAUCUAUGACUUUAUGGAGCUGAGCAUAUUGUUUGUUUCUGUGAAUCCUGAUAGACUGGAACUUGAUUUUCUGGGGAUAUAAGCUAAAACUUAAAUAAGUAUAUAUUAGCCAUAUGUAAGUGAUGUAUUAAUAUUUAAUGUAUUACAAACUGUAAAUUCAUGAGUAAUGACCACUGGAUUAAAAUAUA